UAAGUAAGGAGGGCUAGAAGACUAAGACACGAAAGGCAUGAAAUCUCGGUGGGUGCAGCAAUCGGACUAAGAAAGCAGGAAAGGAGACAUCGCAAGAUGGCCCGACGAAUGACGUUCUGGGUGGAUAGACCUCGUGGGAUCCUGCCACCAAGAAUAUCAGAAGGCAGAGCCGAAAUAAGAGUGCCGGCAAGAAAUGCGGUAAGCAAUCCGGUAAUGGACUGGGUGGGGGUAGAGUUGGUGGAGGACACAGUGUGCCUAGUAGUGGAGCUGGAAUGGCGUGCGAGAGGGGAGUUCGGGGGUGUAAACUUGGACCUCCCAGGGCGAGUGCAUGCGACGGGAUCCUUACACCUGUCGGAAGAAGAAUGGCGGACCUUUGGGAUUGCCUUGGCCUCCGGGGAUGACCCCGUGCGAAUGUUUGAAGGGGCAUGGCAAAUAACCUGGCGGGAGGGGUUUGAGUUUGCAGAUCCGGAACGAGAUGACGUGACGGCGGAGUUAAGAGUUGAUGCGGCAGGGAUCUUCGAGCUGCCCAAUGAGGUCGUACGGAUGAAACUAGGCAAAAUGGCAACGGAGGAGGAGACAGAUAACUGUAAGAGUGAAGGAGAACAAGGCUUAGGAGGCAGUGCCGCACAAAGCGAAGGGGGGCAGAAGGACAGAGAAUCGAUAAAUCCGGAUGGUACCAAAGGGAACCGGAAGGAAAUCUCCACAGGAGAAAGCUCGGGGAAAGUCGGGGGAAGCAGGCAAGGGACUCAGAAGACGAAGGAGGGCAGAAAUAAGGAUAGGACAAACCCCCGAAACUCGGAAAGAGCCAUGUCUAAGAAAGCGCAAGUAUCCCGACCCGCCCUCCCUCCCCAGGAAGCUGUGGUUCCGCCAGGAGUAGCCAACCGGGGAUUUGGACGGAGAGAUCCUGCUAACGAGCAAUGCAAGUACUGUACCGCGAUGGGACAUUAUGUGCGCGCAUGUUCAAAGCUCAACCAUGAUAUCCUAAAAAGGAGAUGCAGCAGGUCAUUAAAGGGAAAGAUAUUCGGACCGCAGAGAGAGCGGGUGAAUUGGAACUCACCAGGAGGAAUGCGACGAGCCGUUAUCAUGCUCAAUGGGUUAGAGAUAGCGGCCGUAGAAGCUGAGCCGGUGGUCGAUAUCGUUUGGGAUCAACUGCGGGGCCGCGGGUCGCAAGUCAACUUUAUCUUGGAAAACGACGAAAGUGAUAGGGUGAACUCAACCACUCGACUAGGAACGGCUGGGAGAAGGAUUAACCGUGACACCAUUAUGGAGGAGGUCGCCGGAAGUUCCGAACCCCAGGCAGAACCUGAGGCCGCGGAACCAGAGAAAGUCUAUGGGAAGCCUAGGGAAGAGGAGCCUGCGGACAAAGUUACCGCCGCUAAGAAAAAGUUUCGGUAUCAAAUCUCGAUCUUGACCUUGCCUGAGCUCGACGACACCAUUAGCAAGUUACUAGGGACCAUGGUGUCAGUGUCUUUUCAGACCAUGGUGCAAGCUAGCCCUGGGUUGCUCAAAAGGCUUAGAUAACUAUUGACUCGGCAGCGAGUAGAAUUAGGCGAGAACCCCGAAUU